GCAAAACAAAUCAUAAUGAUCCCAACUUGUUUUUUAACUUUAAAAGAGAAAGAUCAAAAUCCUUUUCAUCAUAUGGUUUAUAUACAUUUUGAUGCUUAUUUGGAAGUUGUCUCAUAUCAGGAUUACAAAGUGGUGUACAAGAGCUUAUUUCUAACUUUAUGAUAGAAACUGGAAAAAGGAAAAUAGAUACAAUAUGCACUUCUGGAACCUUGCUCUAGUUGCAUUUCAACCAGUUCUUAAAAUUUUCAUCAUUGGUGCUGUUGGAGGGUUCCUUGCAAUUGAUCGCUUUGACAUACUUGGAGAUAAUGCCAAGAAGCACCUCAAUUCUAUGGUAUAUUUUGUCUUUACUCCAGCUCUUAUUUGUAGCAGCCUGGCUCAAACUAUAACUUUUAGGAGCAUGGUUAUGCUGUGGUUCAUGCCGCUAAAUGCUCUUCUAACAUAUGUUAUUGGGAUAGCUCUUGGAUGGUUACUUAUUAGAACAACUAGAGUACCUUAUCAUCUUCAAGGCCUUGUAUUAGGGUGUUGUUCUGCAGGAAAUUUGGGCACUUUGCCUCUUAUCAUAGUCCAAGCUAUCUGUAAAGAAAGAGAAAACCCUUUUGGAGAUGAGGAUGAUUGCAUCCGUCAUGGACUAGAAUAUACUUCUAUAACAAUGGCACUAGGACACAUUUAUGCUUGGUCUAUUGUGUACAACAUUGUCCGCAUAUAUUCACCUAAGCCUAAUGUUGUCAAAGUUGAUGAAUCCGCAGUAAAUAAAGGAACUGAUCCAGAGAACCUUUCAAAAUGUUGUGCAGUGAUCACAGCUGAGGACAAAUCACAGCUUAAUGAUUACAUUGGUCAACUUAAAAUUGAACUUAAAGAGGCUAAUGGAGAAGCAAAGGUACCAGAAAAGCCAAACAUUAUGAAACAGGUGAAAACAUUAGCUGACAAGAUCAACCUGAAGGUCCUAUUUGCACCUUCAUCAUUGGGAGCGAUUGCUGGUUUGUUAAUUGGUGCAGUUCCUCAAUUUCAAAAACUACUAGUAGGUCAUAGUGCUCCUCUCGGUGUGAUUCAAGAUUCUGUAACUAUGCUAGGGGAUGCAAGCCUUCCAGCAAUGAUCUUAGUGGUUGGGGCACAUCUUCUUAAGGGUUUAGAAGGAUUUGGAAGGCAACUUCCACUUGUUGCUGGCAUUAUUGUGGUUAAAUUGCUAGCCAUACCAGCAAUAGGUGUAGCAAUUGUCAAAGGUGCAGUUCAUUUCAGAUUGAUCCACCCUGAUCCAUUGUAUCAGUUUGUUUUGCUGCUUCACUUUGCCCUUCCACCUGCAGUAUCCGUGAGUACAAUGACUCAGUUGAUAGGAGUUGGUCAGAGUGAAUGCUCAGUUAUCAUGUUAGCAACUUAUUCCUCUUCUACAGUUUUGCUUACUCUCUGGUGCACAAUCUUUAUGUGGCUUGUGCAAUAAUUAUUUUGGGACUAUAGGCUGAAGGUGUAAAAACAUUUGCACAAAUAAGAUGUGUGCAAAGCAUUAUGUUGUGCCUUCAUCUUAUAAUUUGUAACUAAAGCAAUGGGGAAAAGGUAUAAAACAGAAAGGGGAAAAAAAGAGAUCCUGCUCACACUAAUUAUUUUUUUCUUAUAAUAUCAUGUAAUAUAUAGCUGCAACCGUUGGCAAAGCAUGAACCAGAAAUAUGGAGGAACCAAAAUAAGUGUCCAACACUAAGUUGAAUGUAUAAUAUGGCAUCUUAUAUCUAAAACUUUAAAAGCAGUC